CGGAUGACAGGACAGCGGAUGACACGACAGCCGAUGACACGACAGCCGAUGACACGACAGCGGAUGACAGGACAGCGGAUGACAGGACAGCGGAUGACACGACAGCCGAUGACACGACAGCGGAUGACAGGACAGCGGAUGACACGACAGCGGAUGACAGGACAGCUGAUCGCAGGACAUCGGAUGACAAUGUUUGGGCCAGGGCUGACUUAA